UAACAAUGAAGUUCAUCUGUGCUGUUCUCCUGGUAGCGGCGGUGGCGGCGGAGCCACCGCGGCGGCAGUUCCAAUUCCAGAGACAGGAGGCUGAGCCUGCUCCUUACCCGGCAGCGGGCUACAGGCCGACCAAGGAGUUCAAACUGCCCUCCCGGGAGGAACUAUCCCCCCCAUCUACGAACUACGGCGUACCUGACAACACCUAUGAAGCGCCUUUCAACAGCGCCUCUCGGAACCAGAACGGAGCGCCUUUCAACAGCGCCCCUCAGAAUCAGAAUGUAGCGUCUUUCAACAACGCCCCUCAGAAUCAGAACGGAGCGCCCUUCAACAACGCCCCUCAAAACCAGUAUGGCGCACCCUUCAACAGCGCUCCGCAAAACCAGUACGGUACACCCAGGAACACAGAAGACAAAGAGGUCGAAACUAUUGAAGAGAACAAUAAUGCGAAACUAGUGGAGAACAGGGACGCAGAGGUUGUAAACACUCAAGGAGCCUACUAUGUGUUGCUACCAGGAUCCCAGCUGCAAAGAGUACAGUUUCAGACGGAGAAUGAUAUUCGCAACAUGGCCUACACUGCCCGCCUCCAGUAUAAGAAUGAAGACCGUGCCCCGCUAUUCGUGUAUACCGCACCGCAGUACCAACCAACUGCAGCCUAUGUACAACUCGUAUAA